GGUCGUCUCAGGUGAGGUGGUCGACCCGGAAGUGGCUGUGCUGUGGCCCCUGGGUGUUGUAAGGGUCCUGCAGCGGAGUUGUUAAGGGGGAGCGGCCUCAUCCCGCUUCCUCCACCUACCCUGAAACAACCAUGACGAAAGGCAGAGCGGUCGAAAGAUCGCAAACGGCGGCACUCCAUUCGACCCCUCCGGGGGACAAGGCAGCGGGGACGCGGGGUCCCUCGACGCCCGGCAGCACAGGCCACCUGAAAGAGAAAGCCUGUGCAGAAGCUGGCUCAGCAAGAAUGUCACUUCUUAUACUGGUGUCCAUUUUCUUGGCUGCAGCUUUUGUUAUGUUUUUGGUAUAUAAAAAUUUUCCUCAGCUUAGUGAAGAAGAAAGAAUGAAUAUGAAGGUUCCCAGAGAUAUGGAUGAUGCCAAGGCUCUAGGAAAAGUUUUAUCCAAAUAUAAGGACACCUUUUAUGUACAAGUACUUGUAGCUUAUUUUGCUACAUAUAUUUUCUUGCAAACAUUUGCUAUUCCGGGCUCUAUAUUUCUCAGUAUACUCUCAGGGUUUCUUUAUCCCUUUCCACUAGCCUUAUUUCUUGUUUGUUUGUGUUCUGGACUCGGUGCCUCAUUCUGCUAUAUGCUCUCCUAUUUAGUUGGGAGGCCAGUUGUAUAUAAAUACCUAACAGAAAAAGCAGUAAAAUGGUCACAGCAGGUUGAACGUCACAGAGAACAUCUCAUUAACUACAUUAUAUUUUUGAGAAUAACACCAUUUCUGCCUAAUUGGUUUAUUAAUAUUACAUCUCCUGUGAUAAAUGUGCCCUUGAAAGUUUUCUUUAUUGGCACUUUUCUAGGUGUUGCACCCCCCUCUUUUGUAGCAAUUAAAGCAGGAACAACACUAUACCAGCUUACAACAGCAGGGGAAGCUGUUUCCUGGAACUCAGUAUUUGUUUUAAUGAUUUUGGCUCUUCUUUCUAUUCUGCCAGCCAUCUUCCAGAAAAAACUAAAGCAGAAAUUUGAGUGAAUAAUCCUCUGGGUUUUAAUUUAACCAUCAUCAUCAUCAUCUCAGGAUUGGCAGGUUUAUGUGUUACAAUCACCUCUUCAGUAAUUGGAACAGGAGUUCGUAAAUAAAACUUCUUAUCAGAUGGUUAAAAUAUUGCAUUUAAGUGGCAAAGGAGAGAAGAAAGUAAGAGUGGAAAUUGGUAUACCAUGAAAAGUGCUGUCAGUAGUUACAAUAGACAUCUCCUAAAUUACUAUUCCAAGACUAUAGGUAUUAAACAUAGCAGGAUAGUAGGAAAUUCUUGACCCAGCUGAUUCAUUCAAUUUAAU